GACACCGAGGCAUUGUCCUGUCCCGGCUCCCGGCCGCCGCGCGCGCGGUGCAUUGUGGGGGAGGAGCCCCGGUGCCCGGGCCCCCGGGACGGGAGGGAGCUCGGCAGCAGUGGCAGUGGCUCCCCACGCCCACCCUCUGCCCGCAGGGCCAUGGGGGACCUGGGCCUGGGCCAGGAGUUCCACACGUGGCAUCAGUUCAGCAGCUUCUUCGAUGACUGGUGCGAGAAGCACAAGGUGUUAUUCAUCAUCGCCAGCCUCAAGCCGCUGAUCUCGCUGCGCCAGAACCCGCUGCACUACCAGCCCAGCCUGGCCGCCACCCUGCGCUUCCGCUUCGUCCGCCUCAUCUGCAAGCACAGCGGCACCUACGUGGGCCAGAGCACCGUGCAACGCAACCGGCUCAGCGAGAAGAUCGACUGCCCGGCCUCCAUCACCCUGCGACUGGGCCCCAAGAAGGACCGGCUGGUGGUGAUUGAGGCCAGCCUGGAGCAUAACCACAAGCUGUCAGAGGUGGAGUUUGCUCACUACUUCAAGCGUCACCAGCUGGAGGCCAGCAUGGGGCUGCCCAUCCGCAUCACCAACAGCGUGUCCAAGCGGUUCCUGGCACCUGACCUGAUCUGGAACCUGGAGGACUACAGCAAGGCCAAGGACAAGGGCAUGUGCGAGCUGCUGAGCCAGCUGGAUGGCCUCUUCAAGAGCGACCCGGGCGCCAAGGUCAAGCUGGUCUUCCAGGAGGACGUGGCCGUGCUCAACAGCAUCUUCCUGGCCACAUCGCACAUGCGGGGGCUGGUGCAGCGCUUCCCCCGCUGCCUCUACAUGGACAAGGCGGCCUGCAUCAACAGCGAGUUCGAGCUCUACUCGGUGCUCUGCCAGGAUGGCAACGGGCGGGGCCGCGAGUGCGCCUACUGUGUGGCCCGCCGGGGCGUGCCCGAUCUGGUCAUCUUCAUCGUGGCCUCCCUGGUGCAGAGCGCGCCUGACAUCAAGCUGAAGGUGAAGUGUCUGACUGUGGGGGCGGGCAUCACGGAUGUGGACGCGGUGGAGGAGGUGCUGCCUUGUGCUCGGGUGCAGAUCUGCCGGCUGCAGGUGCUGGAGGCGCUGUACCGCAAGGCGCGUGAGCUGGCCGUGCCCAGGGAGGACAAGGUGCGCAACCUGCUGCACAACAUGGCCAACGCCAGCUCGCCCCGCGUCUACAGCCAGUACCUGAGCGACCUGGAGGACGUGGCGCCGCUGCCCUUCCUGCAGUACUACCUGGAGCACUGGCACCAUAACAAGGGCACGUGGGCCGAGUGCUGGGCCUUCGAGCGCAACUGCGACUGCCCGUUCCUGGAGCACAUGAGCUUCCACCAGCAGAAGCUGCGCUCGGUGCUGAGCCCGCCCCUGGGGCUGGCGGCCUGCGUGCGGGGGCUGCUGGAGCUGCAGGCGCUGCGGGUGGAGAUGGCGGCGCUCAAUGAAGAGCGGGUGUCGGAGCUGUACCGGGCCGUGUGUCCGCCCGACAGUGCUGCGCUCAUCGCUGAGGAGCUUGGCCUGGCCAAGCACGCCAACUACCACGUCAAGGAGGUGCCCGAGGGCUUCCUGCUGGAUGGCGGCAUCUGCUCCUUCCUGGUGAGCCGUGACCUGGCCGCCUGCUCCUGCUCCAUAUACGUCUCAAGCCGCCGGCCCUGCCGCCACCUUUUCGCCACCCGCCUCUGGACUGGGCAGCCCCUCUACGACCCCGGCUUGCUGCACGCCUCAUCGGGAAGCGAGGGGCAGGACACCUACACCGCUCUGGGGGUGGAGAGGAGGAGGUUCCUGUGGGCGGAGGAGAGAACUGUCUGCCCACAGGUCCAGGGUAUGGGACUGGGGGGGACGUGUGGGAAGGGCAAGUCCCCACGGCACAAGGCUGGAGGAGCGAGGCCUCAGGACAUCCAAUUAUGUCCUGGUGCAGUUGCCUCUCCUUGUCUUGCUGGCACUCCUGGGCUGUUCUUCUGUCUGCUCUUUCCUUCUCCAGGCUGUCUGUCAAGUGGGCCAUCCAGGGCCUUUAUUCACAGUCCAAGGCAGCAGUGGCUGCAGGGUCUCAGUGAAUGUGUCCUCGCUAGUCCUCUUCUUCCUUUGCCUCAAGGAUGCAAUGGCAGCAGCUAUGAUGAAAACAAUCACCGUACCCCUGGAUUUACAGUCACAAGGGAACUAUAUGUUUCCAACCUCCCUUCUCUUACUCCCAUAAACCCUUUUAACAAGACAUGCCUAUCGACACUUGAGCUUUGGAGCGCCUCGGCACAGCACUGCUCUCCAGCCCCAGCCCUACAGGCCCAGCCACCCCGCGGGAUGGAGGAGGACGAGCUGCAGGAGAAGGAGUUCUUCUCGUGGGAGGAGUUCAGCGCCUUCUUCGACGCUUGGUGCGAGCGCAGGAAGGUCCUGUUCUUUGUGAAGAACUCGGUGCCGCUCAGCAAGUGCAAGUGGGCAACGGCGCCCCCACGGCCCGACGUGGUGGAGGCCCUCAAGUACAGCUCCGUGCGCCUGGUCUGCAAGGACUUUCGUGGCUCCAGCAAGCCCGACCAGGGGGGGCAGCAGAAGGGCUGCUGCGCCAGCAUUGUGCUGAAGAUGAGCCCCAAGAAGGACCGGCUGAUCGUCACCGAGUGCCAGCUGGCCCACAACCAUGCCUUGUGCCCCAUCGAGUUUGCCUACUACUUCAAGAAGGGCUACCUGAUGGCCAACUCGUGCCUGCCGGUGCGCACCACCAACAAGAUCUCCAAGCAGUUUGUGGGGGGGCCGGACGUGCGGCGCCUGCUCUCCUACUGUAAGAGCCGUGACCAUGGGGUGCUGGACGUGCUGACAGUGCUGGACGGGCUCUUUGCCAGUGACCCCAGCGCCAAGGUCAAGCUGGUCUUCAUGGAGGACAAGGUCAUCGUCCAGACUAUCUUCUUCCUGAGCUCGCGCAUGAUGGCGCUGAGCCGGCGCUUCCCGCUCAUGCUGUUCUUCGACCGCAUGGUGGGGCUGAACGAGGAGUUUGACCUGUAUUCGGUGCUGUGCGUGGACGGGGCGGGGCGCGGCCGCGAGGUGGCCUACUGCCUGACGCAACGGGAGACGCCCGACCUGCUACGCUUCACGCUGGCCUCGCUGGUGCAGAGCGUGCCUGAGGUCAAGCUGCAGGUGCGGUGCAUCACGCUGGGCGUGGAGAUCGCCCACCUGGAGGCGGUGAAGGAGCUGCUGCCCAACGCCCGCGUGCAGAUCUGUCGCUCCCAGGUGCUGGAGACGCUCUUUAGCAAGGCGCAGGAGCUGGGCGCCGCCGAAGACGAGCGCAUCUGGCCCCUGCUCUGCCGGCUGGCUGCGGCCAAGUCGCCGGCCGCCUACCAGCAGGCAGUGCAGGAGAUGAAGGCCAUUCUUCCCCCGCGCUUUGUGCGCUACUUCCGGCGCCAUUGGCAGCCGCGCAGCGAGAUGUGGGUGCAGUUCUGGGCCUUUGAGACAGCCCGCAAUGUCAACGCCUGCGAGCUGCUCAAGCAGCACCAGCGCCGGCUGCUGGCAGCCCUCAGCCCCUCGCCCACCGUAGCCCAGUGCAUGCUGGACCUGCUGGCCAUGCAGGUGGGCAGCGAGGCCCACGAGCUGGACGAGGGAGAGCUGGCCACGCACUACCGUGCCAUCUGCAAGCCGGAGCCGGCUGGCCUGAUCGAGGAGGAGCUGGGCUUUGCACGGCACGGCCGCUACCACUUCCAGGAGACAGCCGAGGGCUACCUGCUCCACGACGGCCUGUCUGAGUUCGCUAUGGACCAGGCCCUGACGCGCUGCUCCUGCUCCAUCUACACCUCCAGCCUGCUGCCCUGCCGCCACCUCUUCGCCACACGUCUGCGCACUGGGCUGGCGCUCUUCGACCCUGGCCUGCUACACAGGAACCGGGCAGCACUUCUGGGCGCAUGCUAGGGCCGUGGGGCAUGGACCCCAGCUGCUCCGGGUGCUUACUAUGUAAGUUAGGGGGACAGACACUGGUGCAGGGCUGGCUGCACAUCUGCAGCUCACACAGCAGGGGAGAAGCCAGCCCAUUGCCAUGAUGGCGGUGCCCCGCGAUGACGUCAGGAUGGAUGGGAUACCUGGGUGCUGGUCCUGUUUGACUUGUUUUCACAAAAAAGAGAAAGUGGCGGGUGGUGCUGUCCUGUAGCUGAGAACACCUACAGCCAGUGCCGGGCAGGGACCGCAGUGGGUUGGGUGCCUAUCAUGGGCCUGAUGCUGCUUUCCCAUACCUCAGAGCACCUGCAGCCCAGGCCGGGUAGAGAUCCCGAGGUGUCUGUGUACUCAUGGUGGGCUGGGCACUGCUGGCCCAUAGCUGAGAGCACCCUGAUCCCGCUGGCAGAGGUGGGUGGGUGGAUGUUGCCAUGUGGGGUGUGACGCUUUGGGGUGUGUGCACUGGCAGAGGUGGGUGGGAGGAUAGUGCCAUGCAUGGUGUGACACUUUGGGGUGUCUGCGCUGGCAGAGGUUGGUGGGUGGACAGUGCCACGUGGGGUGUGAUGGUCUGGGGUGUCCGUGCUGGCAGUGGCGGGUGGGAGGAUGGUGCCAUGUGGGCUGUGAUGCUCUGGACUGUCUGCCCUGGCAGUGGCAGGUGGACGGAUGGUGCCAUGCGGGCUGUGAUGCUCUGGACUGUCUGCGCUGGCAGUGGCGGGCGGGCGGAUGGUGCCAUGUGGGGUGUGACGCUCGGGAGUGUCUACGCUGGCAGGGGCGGGCGGAUGGUGCCACGUGGGGUGUGACACUUCAAGGGUGUCUGUGCUGGCAGUGGCAGGUGGAAGGAUGGUGCCAUGAGGGGUGUGACGCUCUGGGGUGUCUGUGCAGGCAGAGGUGCUUGGAUGGAUGAUGCCAUGCAGGGUUUGACACUUUAGGGGUGUCUGCGGUGGCAGAAGCGGGUGGGUGGAUGAUGCCAUACGGGGUGUGAUGCUCUGGGGUGUCUGCACUGGCAGACACGGGUGGGUGGAUGAUGCCAUGUGGGAUGUGACACUCUGGGGUGUCUGCUCUGACAGUGGCGGGUGGGCAGAUGGUGCCAUGUGGGGUGUGAUGCUCUGGGGUGUCUGUGCUGCAGUGGCACGUGGGCGGAUGAUGCCAUAUGGGGUAUGACGCUCAGGGUGUCUACGCUGGCAAGAGUGGAUUGGUGGAUGGUGCCAUGCGGGGUGUGAUGCUCUGGGGUGUCUGUGCUGUCAGAGGUGGGUCUGUGGAUGAUGCCAGGUAAUGCUCUUUGUACAGAGAAUACACUUUAUUCAAUAAACAUAUAUUUUCCUUUUUGACCCUU